UCCAUUUCUGUUUCGGGCGACACGGCGCUUGAGAGGAGAAUCUCCGGUUUUUUCUAUGUAUAUAUCUUCAUGUAAAUAAAAUAUAUAGUCUCCCGUUCCGUACACCUAAGCCGAAACAAGACCAGUCUGCCUGAAAUACUACAAAGGCUACUGAACCGAAGCUGGCCUCUUAUUUAAUAUUUUAACUUAGCUGAGCUAGCGAACGGCGCUUUUCCGCCGUUUUUUUUCGCCCCACUCACUCUCCCCCCUGUGUGAGUCGGGGCCUGUGUUUUGGCCACGAGGUGCAUCGGACCAUCGGGAAUCGGGCGAUGGCGGAGUUCGGGAACGGACUGGCGGAGGAAUCGCUGCUGGACUCAGACACCGGUCAUCCGGAGCUGGAAGAUCCCGGUGUAGGCGAUGAGGAGCCAGGAUUAGAGGAGGGAGAGGCCGCUAUCGAGGACCCGGAGCUGGAGGCAAUUAAAGCCCGGGUUCGAGAGAUGGAGGAGGAAGCGGAGAAGUUGAAGGAGCUACAGAACGAGGUGGAGAAACAGAUGAACUUGAGCCCUCCGCCUGCAGGUCCUGUCAUCAUGUCCAUCGAGGAGAAGAUGGAAGCUGAUGGCAGGUCGAUUUACGUGGGAAAUGUGGAUUACGGCGCUACAGCAGAGGAGCUGGAGGCUCACUUCCACGGCUGCGGCUCCGUCAACAGAGUCACCAUUCUGUGUGACAAGUUCACGGGGCACCCCAAAGGUUUUGCAUAUAUAGAGUUUGCAGAUAAGGAAUCGGUGCGGACGGCCAUGGCUCUGGACGAGUCUCUAUUCAGAGGAAGGCAGAUAAAGGUGGGAGCCAAGAGGACAAACAGGCCCGGCAUCAGCACCACAGACCGCGGGUUCCCCCGGGCCCGCUUCCGCUCACGGGGAGGGAACUUCUCCUCGUCCCGGGCGCGCUACUACAGCGGGUACACACCGCCCAGAGGCAGAGGACGGGCCUUCAGGUUUCAGGACCAGUGGAGGCUGACUACCCCUCCUCCCGUGGCCGCGGCGCCCCCCACUGUCUCGGCAGCGUCCCUCUCUCUCUCUGCUCCCGCUAUGCACACUCACCCCAUCCUGUCUGUGUGGGGGGGUGGGGGAGGGGGUCAGGCGGACCACAGGCCCACCGCGGGGGGGAUUUACUAUAACAACAAGCGCUGAGCUGCACACACGAGGCCCGCACACAGCAAACACAACACCACACCAACCACACAUAUUUAUAUAGAGAGAGCGAAGAUAGCAGCUGCUGUUUCAAUUAUGAGAGAGAGGAAGGCAGAUACAGAGAGGGGGGGUUCCAGAGCCCUGGCCCCUGCUCCUCAGCAUAGAGUGCAGUCACUGCACUCUGAGGACUCACAGAGGGUAAAGCAAUGAAUUAUUUAAAAGUGAGGGGGCAGGGCUUUUAUUUCGG